ACGGUUUCUUGAUAGAACACUCAGAGGGAAGGAGCAAGAUGCAUGGAAUGCAAUUGAGAAGUGAUUUUCUCAGCAUGCUGUUGAUGGGAAGCUCUCAAGGGACAUAUCUGGAGCUUGCAUUGUUCUGUUUCGCAUGGAUGGGAGCAGAAUCAAAGGAUUUUGAAGGAGAACUGUUCGAUGCUUUGGCAAGACGAAGGAAUAUACAUGCUGAAAAUGGGAUUACUCUGGAUGAACACAAAGUGUUCUGGGAGGACAUGACCAAUAAAGACCUUGAAUCCAGACUUCAGGUGUUCUUUGAGAUGUAAGAUCAAUCCUUCACUAUCUAUUUAUUAAUCUCCAAACUUAAGUCUCUUUUCUUUCAAAUUGACAGUAUCAAUUUCAAAGGAAACACAGGUAAAGUACAUAAGACACACACACACACCCAAAUUCUUGUAUUUAUAUAUUGAUAUCUUAUGUACUAUACGGUUGGUGUCUUUGUAAAUCCCGUCAUCUGUAAC